CAAUACAUAAAUCGUUUACCGUCUUGGAGAUUGGACUUACCUUCGUUUCGGCAGAUAUGUUGCUAAAAAAAAGUAAUACAGUCAAACCCCUCCACAACAGCCACUUUGGGGACAGAGAAAAGUGGCCGUUGACGAGAGGUGGCCGUCAAGAGGAGGUGGGGGUGUAACACGACGCCUGUUGUUUUUUUCAGGGAGUACAAUAUUCUAUGUUACAAAGAAAUUCUUACAGUAACACAAAAAUACCUAACAAUCAAAAUAUAUCAAUAAAACGGAGCGGAUCAAGUUUCGUGACCUUUUACAACCCAACAUGGGUUUUUUUAUACACCGCUCGACAGUUGUUGAUUAACGGGCCGUUAUGGAGAGGUUAUUUUGGUAGUUUGGAACGCGCUUUGGUGGCCGUUGCCGUUGUGGAGAGGUUAAAACAAGAGUGAAUGUAUGGACCGUCCGCCUGGACGUAAAAAAGUGGCCAGUGUAGGGAGGUGGCUGUUAGUGGAGGUUCGACUCUCCAAAGAAAUGUAGUUUUAAAUUUUUCCAUGUCAUAUUUUUUGAAAGUAUAGCCCCGGGUUGCCUAGCUGGUUCCUAUACGGCUACCAGUGGUCAGUGACGCGUCCGAGACACUUUUUCGCUCGGGCUACGUAACCCAAAACCGGCAGAUUGGCAGCGACGGAAUCUUGAGGCCUGGGAGCUAGGAAAGAAAAGCAGGCGCGCUUUACCACUUGCACCGUGAACAAUGCGGUGAAAACCCUACUAGUUUCCUUACUGUGGGUUUAUGAAAUGCGUCAAAAAUAGGCAAUUUCCGAAUUGCCUUUAGCCUCUUUUUCAAAGCGAGUCUUGGUGCUAGCUCAUCCUUUCAUAUGACAGUGAGAUUUUAGUCAGUUGACGUGGGGUGUGAAUUUGCGUGCGCAGUAAGGAUGCGCAGAAACAAUAAGCGCGAACGUCCUUAAGCAACUCCGAAAUGAGCUUUUCCUUCCGUAACACGUUAUGUGUUUCAUUCGUUGCAGUUGAGUACCAGGCAACCGUUCUUGAAGCCAUAGCAGAGUACCACAAACACACUUGUCUGAAGUUUAUCAAGCGAGCCAAAGAACCAAACUGGCUUCUGUUUGUACGCAAACAUGGGUGCUGGUCUGGUGUGGGAAAAGUCUUCUGGACAGGUGGCCAGCAAGAAGUUUCUUUGGGCAGCGGUUGUAAUCACAAAGGGAUAAUCAUGCAUGAAAUAAUGCACGCAAUUGGAUUUUGGCACGAACAGUCGCGGCCUGACAGAAAUCAGUUCGUAGACGUGCUCUGGGAGAAUAUCUCACUCGGUGAGGCACACAACUUUAACAAGUACGACAGAGGCAGAGUCGACACACAGAAGGUUCCAUACGAUUAUGAUAGCGUCAUGCAUUAUGGAACGGAUGGCUUCUCCAAGAACGGAAAACCUACUCUGAGGUCGAUCAAAUACCCUGCAAGGGCACUUGGUCAUAGAAAUAACUUCACUCAGAUUGAUAUCCAAGAAAUCAAUUCCUUGUAUGAAUACAGCAGUAAGUUCUGUGAUUUUAAGUACAAUCAGAAGCAAAUUGUUAUGCAGGCAGGCCCGGAUGGAGCAGCUGGUCGGACUUUGGACCCUGCAAUUCCAAUUGUAAGAAAACUCGUCAAAGAUUCUGCGCUUCCUCUAACAAAGAUGAAGACUGUCCUGUACGAUCGCUGGGGAGCAGCUGAUAAAUCACAAUGUCUGUUUGGAGUCGGAGCAGCAAAUAUCAAUGCCGUGUACAGACUUCUUCCUUAG